AAGCUCCAGAUCUCCGCUUCCUUGGCCCCUUCACUAUGUUGAGGUGUGCACUGUUCCUCACGCUCCUGGCAGCCUGUGCCGCAAAUGACUGGCCUUGUCCCCAACCCGCCACUAUUUUACCCUGCGUAUGUACCGCUGACGCGCAGUAUGAGCUGACAAUGGACUGUUCGGAUGUACAAAACAGUAAAACCCUGGCACAAGUGUUCCAAACGCACUUUAGUUUUAAUAGCUUCAAACAACUGAUUAUAAACCCCACCAAUCCCUCAAUAUCACUGCAAGAUCUCCCCGCGGGAGUCUUUGGCCCCGUGAGUUUCAAAAAAAUUGACAUCACGAACACAAGGAUCCACACAGUGGAGGAACAAGCGCUGGUCAACUCCCACACCACGCUGGAAUAUCUGAACAUCCAGGACAACAAGAUCAACAACUUUUCUUUCGAAACGCUGAAAUUGUUUACUGCCUUGGUGAACUUUAACAUUGCCAACAACAAACUCUCAGGAACUUGUCCGGAUAUCGAGUCGGGCUCUCUGUUAUUCCUCAACUUAUCCGAUAACAGUGGCUUCACCCUCAGGGCAGAAACCUUUCUCAAAGCCCCCUAUCUUGAGAAGAUCUUUCUCAACAACAUGAGGCUGGGCGCAUCCGUACCAGCUGACGUGUUCAAGUCGCUCAAGUUUCUGGAAGAGCUCCAAAUGAACCACAACGAUAUCCCGGGCGAGCUUAUAGAAAACUUCAUCGACCCUGAGCUGAGGCCGCUGAUGUCUCUCACGCUCAACAACAACAAGAUCACACAGCUUCACCAUCUGGCGAUAACCGGUAAGUCACACUAUACAACAACAGCCAUGCACGCCUGCCCAGCCAACAACAGGCACCAUUACCUUCGCAAGCCCUUCCCACACUCAAACGUGACCAAAUUUUCAAAACUCUAGUUCCUUAUCUCCUAUCCUUCUUAUAUUGCAUGGUAGUAAAUUUUCCAUCGAUGAGAGAGAGAGAGAGAGAGAGAGAGAGAGAGAGAGAGAGAGAGAGAGAGGGGGGUAGGAUAUAUAAAUAGAUCAGUGGAUACAGAAACAGGUAAAAACAAGAGCCCAUACCACGCUUGCGCACUCUCCCACCCACCCACACACACACCCACACACACACACACACAAGCUCACGCACGACUCUACUAAUAAAAAGGAUAAAAACACGAUAUAA